CAAACGUGCCCCCCUGGAGGGAGAGUUUGAGCCGCUGCAGCUGAGGAAGUACCAGCUGACCUCUAUGGGGUCGCGGUCCAUGGACUCCUCCCCUCUGUCCCGACCACGCAGCCCCUGGGGACACUUUGACCCGUACGACUCUGCAGAGGACAUGGACAGGGAGUAUGUGGGCUUUGCCACUCUGCCCAACCAGGUACACAGGAAGUCAGUCAAAAAGGGUUUUGCCUUCACCCUCAUGGUAGCAGGAGAGUCUGGUCUGGGUAAAUCCACUCUGGUCAACAGUCUGUACCUUACAGACCUCUACAACAACAGGAAGGUGCUGAAUGCAGAGGAGCGGAUCGCACAAACCGUGUUCAUCACCAAACACUCCGUGGGUAUCGAGGAGAAGGGGGUCAGACUCAGACUCUCCAUCGUAGAUACACCAGGGUUUGGUGACGCUGUCAACAACACAGAGAGUUGGAAAGAGAUAGAGGACUACAUUGACCAGCAGUUUGAGCAGUACUUCAGAGACGAGAGCGGCCUGAACAGAAAGAACAUCCAGGAUAACAGAGUCCACUGCUGCCUCUACUUCAUCUCUCCCUUCGGACAUGGUCUGCGGCCGUUGGAUGUGGAAUGUAUGAGGGCUCUGCAUGAGAAGGUGAACAUAGUCCCUGUUCUGGCCAAAGCUGACAGCCUCACGCCCACUGAGGUCCGCAGGAAGAAGAUGAAGAUCCGAGAGGAGAUGGAGAAGUUUGGCAUCAACAUCUACCAGUUCCCAGACUGUGACUUUGAUGAAGAUGAGGAGUUUAAACAGCAGGAGCAGCUGCUCAAGGACAGUAUUCCUUUUGCUGUAAUAGGCAGUAACAUCCAGGUUGAGAGUAAAGGACGCAAGUUCAGAGGUCGGCUCUACCCCUGGGGUGUGGUGGAAGUGGAGGACCCGGCCCACAGUGAUUUCCUGCUGCUGAGGAACAUGUUGGUGAAGACUCACAUGCAGGACCUGAAGGAUGUCACCAGAGAGACACACUACGAGAACUACAGAGCACAGUGUAUACAGAACAUGACACGCAUGGUGGUGCAGGAGAGGAAACGCAGCUUGCGUGAUAAGAUUGGGAGUGAGAGCAGCGUUGACUUCCCCAUGACCCCACUCCCACUGGCUCCCGUAAACCGCGAGACAGAGAGGCUCAUCUGGGAGAAGGACGAGGAGUUGAGGAGGAUGCAGGAGGUGUUGGAGAGGAUCCAGGAGCAGAUGCAGCAAGGACAGAAACCAGACGACUGAUUUACCAACAAUCCUCCCGGGCCUCUGAGAUCCAUACCGUAGACACCUAGAAAAGGGAAGAAGAAAUUUGCAUCAAGAGGAAGAAACGUGAUCACCUCACUCAAACCAGCACCAUUCACCUCAUUGGUGUAUCAGCCUUUCGAGGUCUCCAUGGAGAUGAGAUCAGG